UCGCAUGAAAAUCAUUCCGAUAGUGAAAUCGUUUUGUGUGUCGUCCGCGGAAUCUCAAGAAUGCGAUCGAUUUAGAAUGAAAUUGGCGUGAAUUAGUGAUUUAUUGGAAACUUUUCGCUCUUAUCAGAAGUCCUAAGUCGCAGGCAGGAAGAGAAAAAAUUCCUCCGUUUGACAUUUCUAUCGGACGGGAGUCUCAAUCGAAAUCGAAGUCGUUUGAGGAUUUAUUUUCCAAUAGACCGAUUUCAGGCACUUAAUUCAAGUGGAUUAGUUUGCUUUGAUUUUGUUCAUAUUUUUGGAUUUUCUGGGAGUGUUUUGUUUUCUUUGAAAGUUUCUACAUGAUCGCGUUACGUGGUUGAUAUUUUGCUGUUUUUGUUUUGUGACGUUCCUGAGACGCUGAUAAAAUGACAGAUCGUUGUUUUGAUCAAGUGAAUUCUUUACAGAUCGCUGGUGAUCACAUCCUAAUAUACGAAGCGUACUAUAAACAGCUCGAUCCCAAAGAGACCAAUGAGAUCGGUGCACUCGAUGCAGCCAAAUUUCUCAAAAAAUCCGGAUUAAGCGAUGUUGUCCUCAGCCGAAUAUGGGACCAGUCCGAUCCCAGCGGCCGAGGAUUUCUUUCAAAGGAAGGUUUUUUUGUAGCAUUGAAAUUGAUCGGACUGGCACAAGAAGGCUCCGAAUUUAACAUGAAAAACAUCUACAACGAACUGCCGAAACCACCAAAAGUGGGAGACUUACCGAAGGUUCCGGCUCAGGUCAAACUAGUUGCCACAGAGAACAGCGAUUGGUCUAUCAAGCCAGAAAAAAAGCAACAGUACGAGCAAUUGUUCGAGUCACUUGGGCCCAUGAAUGGUUUGCUUCCCGGGGCUAAAGUACGCAACACUUUGAUGAAUUCCAAGCUACCAGUCGAUACACUCGGUCGCAUUUGGGAUCUGGCAGACCAGGAUCGCGAUGGCAGUCUCGACAGGCAUGAAUUCUGUGUCGCAAUGCAUUUGGUGUACGAAGCACUAGACAAACGAGCCAUUCCAGCAACUUUGCCACCACAGUUACAACGCAAUGCGUCUAAUAUUGCCAAUAAUAAUAAUAAUAACGGGUUUGAUGCGUUUGGAAGUGGCGACGGCGGUUUCGUAGCAAACUUCCCCACAGAUAUUGCACCUCCGCCAAUAGUUCCUCCCCUUCCAGCGGUUGCCAGAGCAACACCACCGAUCAUUCCACCAGCACCUUUGGUUCCACUGAUUCCAUCAGGGACCGAUGCUACAAUUUCAAAUAAUGCUUGGGUAGUGACAACCCUGGAACGAUGUCGCUUUGAGGAGAUAUUCAACAAAAGUGAUACCGAUCGUGAUGGGCUAGUCUCUGGACACGAGAUCAAAGAGGUGUUUCUCCAGUCGGGUCUACCUCAAGGUGUGCUGGCGCUUAUCUGGGCUCUGUGCGAUACUAAUCAAAUUGGUAAACUCCGGAUGGAGGAAUUCUGCCUUGCUAUGUGGCUUGUAGAACGAGCAAAAAAGGGAAUUGAUCCGCCAGAGGUACUGGCACCGAACAUGGUUCCUCCCAGUUUGAGGAAGAACUCGAUGGUAGCACCACCGGAACCCAAACCGACGUACAGUAAUCCCGAGUUAGAAAUGAUAUCUAAAGAAAUCGAGGAACUGGCCAAGGAGCGCCGACUGCUGGAACAGGAAGUCGCCCAGAAAGAAGCUGAUGUUCGAAUAAAGAAUGGAGAAAUGAAAAGUUUACAGAGCGAGUUGGACACACUGACAGCGACACUGAAGCAGUUGGAGAAUCAAAAAGGUGAAGCUCAGAAGCGACUCGACGAUCUCAAAAACCAGAAAGUUACGGUAGAUACUGCCAUUGCUAGUGCCCGAGAGCAGGUGAAUAAAAUUCGCGAUCAGUGCCAGAAGCAGGAGGCAACCCUCAAAGAACAGGAAGGCGAGCUGGAUUCCCGCCGUUCAGAGUUGCAAAAGUUGAAAGAUGAAGAGCAGGCGCUCGAGAGGGAAUAUAAUUCCGGCACCAAAGAUGUGGAUCGCCUAACAUCGCAGCUGCAGGAUACGCAGAUCGAGAUCAGUCAGGUCAAGGCGAUGGUUACUCAGAUUCAAGAGUACCAACGGCAGAUGACCGAUGCACUGGCCAUGUUCCGCAAUGCGAUCGAAACUAACGAUCCGGUACUGGUGUCGGAUUAUUCGCUUAAAAUUGAACCCGAAUUUAGAGAGGCUAAACAGGCCCUGGAAGAAAAAGAAGUAGAAAAUGCUAACAAACGAGAUCCUUUCGGAGAUAAUAAAGCGAACGGGUUCGCAGCCACGGAUGGCGAAACAGGCUUCGGUGAUGAUUUCAAAACCAACGGAUUUACCACACAGUUCGACACGAGUAACGGAUUCCAAAGCACCGGUUUCGACGACGGUUUUACCAGUGCUUUCGAUAACAAGAGCAGCGAUCCCUUCGCUUCCUCCGCGGUCAGUGCCGAUCCUUUUGCUGAAUCGAAGGGUUCAGCACCUCAGCCCGCUAAGGAUGAAUUCGGUUGUGAUCCGUUUGCCAUAUUACACGCACCAACCACCGCUAGUCAGAUACUCAGUCCCAGUCCGAGUAAAUCGGUGGCUCCACCGCGGCCCGAAUCACCCAGCCCUGCACUGCCACCGAAGAAAGCAAAACAGCCUCCUCCAAGGCCUGCUCCUCCACGGCCACUGCAGGGCCCUACACCGACGAAACCAGCACCGUCUGCAAUGGACGCAUUUGGCGACAGUAGUGGCGGCAGUUUUGCGAAUUUCGCCGACUUCGACAAUAAGAACCUAAAACCUGCCGUUCCAACAAACUCCCACCUAGUAACAUCCGCAUUCACACCGGCCGUGGUUUUACCACCAUCACCAAUUGCUGGUCGCGGUACCGGAGCCUCACCAUUGCCGGUGCUCUUGGGUGCUUCCUCCAUCACAACUGCCACGUCGAGUUCGCGCAUCACAGCCUCUCCAGCACCUAGUGAACCGGUAAAACCGGCGGUUCCCGGAACAACGGCAGUCGAUUUCGUUGACGAUCCGUUUAAAGACUAUCGGUACGAAGAUCCGUUCAACAUCGCCGAUCCGUUCGCGGAUGAUGACGCCGAUGGAACGAGCACUGAAGACCCAUUCUCCUCGGAUUCUAAUACAUUGAACAAUAAUCAGGCCUCAGCAAGCAUGAAGCAGAAAACGAGCGAUAGAUCAACUGGAAAUCAGCUGGAAGAUUUGUUCGGAGACGCACGCAAUAACAACUUCCUGUUCGGAGCGAACGAAACGGGAUUCAAAUCUAGCGCUAGUAGUGGCAUAAAAAAAUCCGGUGAUCCGUUCGAUGCCUUCAAUGAUAAUUUUAGCAAAAAUGUUCCGGAUCAUUCAACCCAACAAGAUUUACUAUUCAAAGCCUUUGGAGCAACGGUGGAAAGCUCAACCGGUUCGAAAAAAUCCAAAGAUGCGUUUUUCGGUGCUGCCGCCGCCAAGGUCAGUCCGUUCGAGGAUGAGUUCACCCAUGAAUACUCCGAAACGAGAGACUUUUCGAACAAUAACCGUCGCGUUGUGGAAAAAUCAUACGCCGGUGCUGCGAAACCAGCGUUCUCGGAUUCAAGCGAUUUCGCAAAUUUUGAUGUAUUUAGUAAUAUUAGCAAUAAUCUAAAAAACAACAACAGUUUGAAGCGAAGUAAGGAAGGAAAACGGGCCGUUCCGACGCCCCCACCAGUGACCAAGUUUAAUGAAGAUUACUCUAAGGACGACUCAUUCGAUUCGGAUUUACAGGCUGUUCUGGAACGAUCUAGGCGGGAACAGUGAAUGAAUUUUCUAUUUCUUUUACAGCGUGAAAUUACUUUCGAAUAUCAGUGAACUUAAGCGAAAGAGAGAGAGAGAGAAAACAGCUGAGGAGAGGUGCAUUUUAAUACUUAACUUUUACAAACAUUUUCCUUGUUCGGAAACAAUACUUCUUUGGAAUUUACUGCACUUAUUUGAAAAAAUAGAGAAGCAUUUUGUCUUGUACUGUACAUUCUCGUCGAAUAAACUGACGUCUAGUUGAACUCGUUCAGAACAAAAUACAUUCUACUCAAACUCAAACUUGAAGAAUACAGUAUGCGCCUUGAAAUAUUAAACAAUAAUUUCUCAGAAAGAAUGACAUUCGACCACGUUUGAGAAAUAAUUUCCAUUAACUUUUGUAUUGUUUUAAGGCGCACACUGUUUACCAUACAGGUGGUAUUGAUCGAGUAUUUCAUCAACAAAACGGGGUGCAUAUAGAGCAAUAUCGUGUAAUCUGUUACGAAGAAAUUAAUCAAAAACUUUCCGAUGCUUUAAGCUUUAUUAACUAUGAAACAUUGCCUCACAUUGACACAUGAACACAACUCGGGGCGUGUUCACAAAUAAGUGAUAGACUCAAAUGCCUAUUAUCAAGGUUGUAAAUAUAUGUUACUACUCAAACUCUUAGCUUUAUUUAGCUCAAAGAUUUCAGUAUAAAACUCAAACUAAAACUGGUAGAAGUAUAAUCCCAAUCACCGAACACAAACAAUUCCGAAGAAUCUCAGUUUCCUUUUACUUAUCGACUGAACUGAUUUAUGUCAACUUGGCAAACGAAAACAUCAUACUACUGACAUAUCACAUUUUAAAGCAUCAUAGCUUUAAUGAUAAAUUAUGCAGUGGAAAGUAAGAUAUAUUCAUUUCCUCUAGAGUGUUUUACUAGUGCAGAGUGUUCAGAGUAAAACAUAAAUAGAGUAAAAUUAGCCUGAUAUUGUAAUAUAAUCAACAGUAGAUUCCAUGCUUUUGGGCUUGAUAUUCAUAUGAAAAAAAAAACAAGAGUCAAGCGGUACUGAUAGUACUGAAAAGUAUAAAAUGUGGUGCAAAAACAGUACGCGGAGUGUGGUUAUGUAGCAAACAAAGCGUCAAGAGAAAAAUUCCCGGUUUUGAUCCUCAUCGCAUUAUAUUUCCGAAUACGAAUGGGGGUCAGACGUUUUAGGCAACCUACUGUUUUAGUCACAAUUCAAAUCAGUUGUACAUGUCCGUUAUCGAAAAUUCAUAAAUUAUAAUUGUUGUGUGGGUAUUAGCAAACAAAUGUGCUACUGCAAAUGUAUUAUAUUAAAUAAAAAGUAUAAUAAUAAAGUAUAUCUAUCUUUACGCAAUAGAAACAAAAUCAAA